AUGAGAGAGAACUCGUUCACAGAGUUCUAUCAGAAAACAGCAGAAAUCAUAAAAACAAAACAAAAACCGGAACAUAAUAAUUAAAACUGGAACAAAAAUUACGAAAAAUGUUACAAAACUAGAGGUGAUUUGUUCUUUUCAGUAGCUCUAGAAAGGAUAUAAAAUGUCAGUAAAUUUGGAUAUCAAACUCAGGCGUGGCAAUAAAAUCUAUUUUGAAGGGGAAACUAUUAGCGGAGUACUGCAGAUUGUUUGCUCUUCUGAGAUUAAGCAUGAAGGCAUUGUUUUGUCUCUUGAAGGACUGGUCAAUCUCUCGAUUAGCAAUAAAAACGUCGGAAUAUUCGAAGCCCUGUACAAUUCAGUGAAACCCAUCUCGCUUCUCAACCAGCACAGUGAUCUGGCUCCAUCUGGUAAACUGCCGGCCGGAACGACAGAAAUUCCCUUCGAGCUUCCCUUGAUUUGUCCGAAAGAGCCGAAAAUUCUAUACGAAACCUACCACGGCGUUUUCGUUAACAUCACCUACAUGCUGAAAUGCGAAGUUAAGCGUAGCUUUCUCGCUAAAACGGCCACCAAAACACAGCAAUUCAUCAUUCAAUAUCGGCCAACUCGAGCUCCGGAGAAGAAGUCCGAAGUUAACUUUUCGAUCAGUCCCGAGACAUUACAAAAAUCAGCGAAGGAACGGAUCGCCAUUCCAAGGUUUCUCAUCACCGGAGUUCUCGAUUCGACGGAAUCUUGCGUUACACAACCCUUCACGGGCAGCUUAACGGUGCACCACACCGAAGUGCCGAUAAAGUCGAUCGAAAUUCAACUUGUACGAGUCGAAACAUGCGGCUGCGCUGAAGGCUACGCCCGUGACGCCACCGAGAUACAAAACAUUCAGAUUGCGGACGGAAAUGUUUGCCCGAAGAUUCCGAUUCCGAUUUACAUCACUUUCCCGCGGUUGUUCACAUGUCCUACGUUGAUUACGAAGAAUUUCAAAGUCGAAUUUGAGGUGAACUUAGUGGUUGUUUUUGGCGACGAUUAUCUGGUGACGGAAAAUUUUCAGAUUUUACUGAACAGAACGGCUUAGUUUGCAUCCUAAAAUAUAUUUUCACUAAAAA